AUGGAGGCCAGCUUCGCGCUAAACGUACAACUAGUCAACAGCACCACCAGGGAAAUCCAACACCUACAAGUUUGCGUUGGAAGUCGCACAAACCGCACCGAAGGACUGACACUGGUGGAGGUAUUCCAUCCGAAAGGAUUCUCCGGAGUGAGCGUCGAGGAUCUUUCCCCGCAGAAGAGAGUUUGGAAAUCGCUGCAGCGUCCCGGAGGAACCUCUACCGUGGUGUACUACCAAUCCUUGGCGCGUGCUAUGGACUGCUUUGUGGUAACUGCAGAACUGUUUCGAGCUGGUUUCGCCAAGUCUAACGGUGGACAGGCCCGGCAGAUGGACGUGGUAGCGUACGAUUACUAUAAUCGAGAUCGCGUGGCUUGGGUGUCUUACAAAGGCUACGGACGGCAGGGCAGCGAGGACGAUUACGAGUAUCUGGAGGCGGUUUGAUUGAAUAGAGACCACAACGGAACAUUAAUGACUUAAAAUGUUGUUUUUAGUUACAAAACAAAAAUCAUGGAAAAAAUGCUAGGUCAUUGGGGGAAUACUCAAACGCUUGGAUAGUCAUUUGAUCCCCAUUUUUUUUCUUGAAAAUCUUAUAACUUUUGAUAUAUUUGACCAAAUUGAAUGCUUCCAGUUGCAAAGAUUCAGAUUUGUAUAUAUUUUUAACUGUCAGAUGGGGGAUUUUGGGGCAUUUUGACCGGAGACGUUGUAGAUUCCGUUGAGGUACCUCGGCCGUCCUCCAUGGCUUUUUGGUCAAUAUAACAAACGGUUUUCCCCAGAACAAUCUUCAAGGCAUCAUCCUAGUACAUCAUCCUGCAUAGAUGAAUGACAUGGUCAAGACCUUCAGACAUCCGAACAGGUUAGGCA